AUGGAGAAGAUGGAUAGCAAUGCAAUGGCAAUCCAAAAUCUACUAGGGGAUCGCAAUCCCACGGUUGUUUCCCCAAACCAAGGCAGUAGCAGUCCGAAGGGAACCAGUGCUACACUACAGCCACUUGAAAUGUCUUUGAAAAGUGGAGUUUUGUUGCAAGGCCAAACUAGUGGCCAAAACAAGAGUUCACAGUCUCCUGCUACACAAUCCAGCAGUCCAAAUCAGAGGCUGAACAACCAAAGUGUUCAGCCAAUUAAUGGCAAUAAUAACAUUGUUGUCAUCGGACAAGGAGCAAUGACAGAAGAUCGUGAGUGCAGCCAAGAGGAUAUAUUGGAAGAAGCCAUCACCACUUCAUUACCCAUUGGUCAAUCAAAAUAUGAAGUGGCCCCUUUUGUCUCAAAUCAACCAUCAAUUCCUACAAAGAAUUCAUCUGGAAAAGGUGGAGCAUGA